AUGAAGUUUCUUGCCAGUUCUGUUGCUGUUGCCGGUCUUGUGACAUAUGUCUCUGCCGCUGCCACCACUGUCUUCCCCAGCGCAGCAAGCUCUACUACACUCUCUUCUCCGAUCUCGGUUUCUGGAACCUACGAUGGUGGCAUGAAGCGUUUCAACAGAAACAAUGGUUGCAAUGAGGGCGAGGGUGGUGACGACGAUGCCGUCUUUAUCCUUUCGAGCGGAGCCACUCUCAAGAACGUCAUUAUCGGAUCUGCUCAAACUGAGGGUGUUCACUGCCUUGGUCCUUGCACAAUUCAGAACGUGUGGUGGGAGGAUGUCUGUGAAGACGCCUUGAGCAUUAAACAGACCUCUGGUACUUCGUACGUCAUUGGUGGUGGAGCCAGACACGCUUCCGACAAAGUUAUCCAGCACAAUGGUGGUGGUACUGUCAAUGUUAAGGACUUCUUCGUUGAGGACUUUGGAAAGCUUUACCGCUCGUGCGGAAACUGCGGGACCCAGUACAAGCGCACCUUUAUCGCCUCUGGUGUUGUUGCUGUUGAUGGAGGUACUCUUGCUGGGAUCAACACCAACUAUGGCGAUACCGCCACGAUCUCCAGCACCUGCACCUCUGAGGUCACUGAUAUCUGUCAGCGCUACACUGGUAAUGAUGAUGGUGAUGAGCCUGUCAAGACUGGUGCUGGGAAUGACGGAACUUACUGCAAGUACGAUUCUACUGUCACUAGACGUAGCACUUGCUAUGCUUAG